AUGGACGCUCAGGCCAGGCUCCAAGUGCUGCGAUGCGUCGCCUACUCGACGGUCGCAUUCGCUACCCUCUCGGUCCUGACGGUCGCCAUGACUGUGCCGAUGAUGUACGCCUAUGUUGACCAGAUCAAGAUCCAGAUGGACCAGGAGAUGGACGCCUGCCGUGAGGCCGGAGAAGAGAUCAGCAUGGGAGUCUCGGAGCUGCGUGCCAUCCAGGCCCUCUCUCGCAGCAACCGUACCGCCCGCCAGGCCUACCAAGACCUCGACGCUGCCCUCCUACCCCACACUCCUCAGCGCCCCAGCUAUGGUGCCAACCGUGGAGGAUGGGGAGCUAACCGUCAAGGAGGACAGUACGCCCAGGCCCGCCAGGGACAAGGCUACAACCGUCAGCCCGCUGCCGUCGGAGGAUACCAAAACCAGAACGGAUACAACCGCGGAGGAAACACCGGAGCUCAGAACGGCUACAACCGCAACGGUGGAUUCGGAGGAAACUCUGGAGCCGGAAACGGACACACCGUUCUCGAAGUCCUGACACGGCCUGUCAGGAUGUUCUUCGAUUUCGGGCUCUCCGAGAAUUUGCAUAAGAGAUGGUGUCGCUACAUAAUCCAUCGAUAUCUCGGCCAGUUUCUUGACUUAAAACUUUCGUUGGAGGAUAUUUCGGUCAGCCUGAUUGAGGGUGAAAUUAAUGUUGGAGAUUUGUAUUUGAGCACAAAGGUUAUCAACGAGAUCCUGGAAUCACAGGGUCUGCCAUUUCGAUUAGUGGAAGGAUACAUUGGAAAUAUUAACCUUAAGGUUCCGUGGUCGUCGUUGACAAAAGAGCCUACAAAAGCCAGCGUUUCCAACCUACAACUUACCUUUAAAGCCUUGGAUCAAUUUUCAGUCGAAGAUGCAGAUCAAGUUUCUACGAUGCUGGGCAGUGUCCUCGAGUCAUUCUCCCAAGAUUUGGCCGAAGACUUUUGCAAGGAGGAAAAUGUGAAACAGGAAGAGCUGGAAGAUGGGACUGAUGGAGUGAAAGCUUUUUCACAGGUCAUUGAUGCAAUUGUUUCUCGUUUUUGCGUCAAAUUCAAUGAUACCACUGUUCGAAUCGAGCGCGCACCGGAAGAGAUGAGUGCUUAUGGGAUGGCUCUAGAAAUGUUGAUUGAGGAAUUUGAAUUCAUGGAUGACCAGAUGAAAAACGUGAACCGAGGUCAGGGAACAUCGGAGGCGAUUACCUCUCAGCCACAAGCCGCAUGUUCUGUAACAAAAUUGCACAAAUUCUUGAGCGUUCGAGGCCUUUCGCUCUUUACGGAUGUAUUUACGCCGAUUGACAACCAUUUUUCGGACGGGGAUGAGUUGUAUUCGAGUCAAUGCUUGACGAGUAUGCAUGUUAGAAGGACCAACAAACAGAAAGAUGACUCCUUGAACGACUCAAAUGGCCUAUUGGAAUCUACGGCAUCUGGUUUGGGAGAUUAUCAAUCAUGCUAUUCUACCCUUACCACUUCAACUCGACGUCCUGCAGCAUAUCCCCAAACUUCCCAAAACCCCGAAGAAUGCGAAAACCUUGAAUCUUCGCCCAUCCGAUUCGCUCGCUUGUCCGACGACACUGAAAUUACGAUUGAAUUCGAUAACCCUGUCGGGCAAUCAAAAGAUCAGCGUCGAAAGCUUAACAUCGCGUUGAACGCCAGCUCAUUGAACGCCUUCCUGUCGCCGUCACAAAUUGCCAUACUGCAGAAAUUCUUCUCCAACAUUGCCAUCGAUCCGAAAAAGAAGAAAAGUCAGAACUAUGGGUCGACUGUGACGGAUCAUGAUUUGGAAAAUAUUGUUCGACAAACGGUCGAGGGCAAUCAUAUUGGUGGGAAUCGGCUUGGAGAUGAGACAUAUCCAGGGCAAGAAUUCAAGGAAUUCUCCCAAAUUUCGCUGGAUGACUCGCCAAAACCCAUGCAGGAAGUGAAAAGCAGGAUUCCGAGAAAAGAAUUCAUCAAAUCCGAUCGGAAUGAUGCAAAUACUGUGAUGAAUCUGAAGCUGCGAAGUGCAAAUAUCUUUGUGACGCAUGACGACCCGAUGGACAAAAUAAACAGCACGGAAGGCAUCAAGAAAUUGGAUGAUUUGAGCAAUGAGUUCUUCGAAAAAAUCCAAAAACUGAACUUCAUUGCCCCCUCAGCCACGCAGGAAUUGCUGGAGACCACCAGGAAUCAACUGAACACAGCCUAUGCUGGAGAUCAUUUGAGGUGCAAUGCAUGUGGGGUUACGGUUGCUAUGAACAGCACGAAUGGAAGUGACGAUAUCAAAAUCGCAGCUCAAACAUUCGAUCUGAUCGAAUCCUUGUCAGCUGAAUCUUGUGAGGGAUCAUCGGAACGAAUGCAUAUUCCAUUGAUAUCAUUUGCAAGGGAAACUGACGAACAGAGGAGCAAUGAAAAUAUUGUUAUCGAUGUGAUUAAGCGAGCCUCCCAGGAUACGACGAACAUCUCGAUCCAUAUGGGCCACAUUAUCACCGAAGCUGAUAUUUCCAUCAUCGACCGAAUUUCGGCGUUAAUUACCCCUCAGCCAUUCUUUUUCGAGGCAUCUUAUGGAAUGGCCAAAACCCGGCAGCGCUUCAUGUCUCGUCUGUCUACCAACCUUCCCUGCGAUGAAUACGACGAAAAAACGCCUUCGAAAUUCUUGAUCGAAUUUACCUGCGCUGAUUGGACGAUUGAUUUGAAGUUCCCCGUGAUCAACAGAACCGAGCAACGGACAGACCAUCGCAUCCGGCAUUUACAUAAAGAGACACUGAGAAUCCGAUUCGUCAAGCCCUUGGCCACACUGCCGUACGAGAAUUCGAAGAACAUCAACCUGGAAUUCCAAGCAGAUAAAUUCAACGCCUGGUUCAUGGGUAACCAAGAGCUUCUGCAGUGCACCGAGAAAGACUUCUGCUUCGUUCAUGGAGACAAGAAGUUUGGUGAUGAAACGGAGAGAAUAAAGAUCUCGGUGACGUAUGAUCCAAGGAACAAAAGUUUACAUGAUGCUGAUUUUACCUCUGGAGGUCGGCCUGUGGAUUUGGAAAAGAGCUUCACCUCGGCACUGCUGGGUGCAGUCGAGCAAAGGGAGGGUCUUUUCUCUCAGACCUUCAGCGCUUACACGCGUGGCGACAAGAACUGGGAAAAUGGUGCCCAAAGCUCAAGCAUCCUCGAUGAUAUCGAUGAGGAGAACGAGCCAGUCAGCUAUGAUACCAUGUGCAACAUCAUCCGCCCUGGCACUCGAAAGCAGAUGAUCAACUGGUCCAACGAUUGCAACCAAAAGGCCCGGGCCCUGAUCGCGAUUUCGGCCCCAACCCUCCAAGCUCAUAUCCCGAGUCAUAAAUUCUUGGAACUGCUAUAUAAUCGCUUGGUGAACGAUCUUCCCUUGUGGUUGCCGUCAUCGCCAAGAUUAUCGAGAUCCGACUCCCAUUCCACCGAGACCUUUAAGAAUUUCAGAUCCACCGGACUCGAAGAAGAUGACGAUACCGAAUCCGACAUUCAUGAACCGGUCGAAGAUAUCGAUCGGUCGAAAAACCACCUCUUUGCCCUGUCGUUCUCUUCCAACAAGACGACUUUUGUAUUGGGAACGGUAGCCACGGAGAAUCGACGCAAUGUCGAGGGAGGUAAAGCGCAAGUCAUUGCCCAUAUGGAUUCACCGGCCCUGUACCUGCUAUAUGGAUUCCACGGCAAUCCGCUUCUCACCUACUUCUACUUCACAACUACCGCCGUGACAUUGGCGCAUAAUAAAAACGCUAAUUCUCCGAAUGACGUGGCGGAAAGGGAUUUCGGAAAGCAUAGUCGUGCCGAUACGGUUGUUGAGCGUAUCAACGAUCAGACACUUGCAAAUUUGAACAGCGAAGAUUGCAUCGGAAUCGCUGUGAAGUUGAAUUUGAGGAAUCGUGACGAUGUCAAGGAUACGAUGCUGACAGUUUCAACACGACAGCUCCAAAUGAAUCUCCAUCCAUUCCGUGAUGCUGGCCAUCUGUGGGCCACGCAAGUGUCAGCUCUAUUCACAUUGACUGACUACCACAUUCCCGGUUAUGAAAUGCCAAAGGUCCAAACCGAAUUCCAUCUCAACCUGGAUGAAGUCGUACUCGCUUACGAUCAUUCCGAUAUCACCAAGGAUAGCCCAUUGAAGCUAAGACUGGGGCUGGGACAAGCCGACCUCUAUUGUGGAUCCCUUCAAUCCGAUUGUUCCCUGGAACUUCUCUGCCUUUUCGAACGAACUCGUGUGUUUAUGACGAACCAAACAGUGAAGAAGAACGCACGGUUUGCUGGUGACGCCGAAAAAGUCCAAUCGAACGGCUUCUUCCAAAUAGUGGCCCUAGAGAUGUUCCAACUGGAAGUGAGGCUUGGUGCUCCAUCGCAGACCAGCCAGAGGAUCCCCCAAUUCGACGUUCGAUGCACUAAUGAUAUGCUGAAAAUCUGGCUUUGUGAAGAUUCGUUGGUGACGCUGAUCAACAUGGCCGGCGAGUUCUCCGAGUCGGACGCGAUCAAGCCAAUCCCAAUGAAUGAGGAAGAAGUUGAGGCUGAGGAAGAAGAAGAACGGAAUACUGUUAUUGACGAGGGCCGCUCGGAAGCUGGUGAAUCAACGUGGAGUCGUCCCUCUUCAAACAAGCCUAAAGAUAUUCCACUUCCUACAGAAAAGGCCCAACAGCUUGAGAAAAUGAUGGCGAGCGCUAUGGAAGAAGAUCUGGAUGGAGGAAAUGUUGGAAUUCCGGUCGGCAGAGAAGCUCUUGAUACGCUUUUUGAAGAUGCUGUUGGCUCUUGGGACUCAAAACCUCACAACGGUCAUCGCCAACGGGUAGAGUCCGAGAACUACCACACCCGCCACACAUCAAUUUCUACUGACGAUGAAUUCUGCAUGGUUGAUGAUAUCAUCGGAGCGGGCAUUGUGGGAUCAUCCGGCGAACCGCGAAUCCGCGCCCUAAUCCCGGGUCAAUCCGCUGAGGACACCGGUAUCUCACCGGAACGCGAGUAUUUCAGCCAGGCCGGCGAAAAUCGAGCCCAAGGGGUGCUAGCAACACCACCAAACUAUCCGCUACCGAUCUGUCGUUGUCAUUUGAAAGACGUUAGCGUUGAGGUGCAUCUAUUUGGAGGAAAUGAUCUUGGAGAGCACUGGAAUGGCCCGAGAGCCUACAGUAUGCUUGAAUACCGAGACGGUCAAGGACGUGGGCAAAGCCUGAAGAAAGAGGAAAAGGGUGGACCUCAUCGCGAUCAUUCAGUGGCUGUGGUGUUGACACUAUCCAAGAUUCAAUUGUUACACCAACUAUUCGAUGCAAGAGCACCUAUGAUGGGGAUGACACUGGCGACCAUUCAAGAUAUUACGGUCAAAGAUCGGCUGAAAACUAGCGACAUUAAUGAAAUGGUCUACCAGUACUUCACCAUUGAACGUCCUCGUCGAACCCUAGCCCCAAUGCUUGCCAUCAGGAUCGCGGAAUCACACAAAUGCGAAGGAAAACUUAGGGUGUCCCUCCUGCCAGUCCGUGUCAACAUCGAUCAAUUCACGCUCGACUUCUUAGAAGAAUUUUCAUUGAGCGUUUCGAAGGGAAUUAGGUUGCCUAGCAAUAUGGGCUUGCCCGAAAAGAAACAGCCGGUGAUCGAGGUCCCAUGUCGGCCUCCUGGUGAGCAGAAUGGAGGUCGGCUAUAUCCGACUCUCAGUAAGGAACCGUUGACUCCAAGCCCGAUUGGACCAAAUCCAUACGCCGACCUCUCCCCAUUGGAAGAAGUGACAAACGGCUUCCAAGGCCGAAGACCAAUCAAUAUGGAUCCGAUAAUGACUGACUCAAUGGCAUUCUGUCAUGACCGAACCCCUCAACGCGAAGAACCCCCACCAUUCGUGUUCAGCGCUCUGUCCGAAACAUUACCAACUGGCUCUGACGAUGAAGAGGAUCCUAACAUCAUUGGUGACAGUGGAGAUAUGCUUGGAGAUUGGGCAGCUCAAUCAGUUUCCGAAAACAACCAAGGACAAGGACCUCUGUUGCGCAGCUUCUCACAACCAACACCGGUUCAACACCGCCAAUCUGUAGAUGAUAUUCUUAUGAGAAGCACGAUGGACGGUUCGAUACAGCCGCUGUAUGACGACAACGACGAGGCAGAUUCAUCUGGAGAAAAUCUAUUGGAACUCAGCGAUCAAGUCGGCUCGAGCCACGAUCUAAACCAAGAUGAGCCUGCUGAUGACAUGACCACUCAAGUCGAUGAGCCUGCACCAGAGCCGCAAAAACUUACGACGUAUUUCAAAGAGUUCGUUUUCUCCCCAGCCGCGACCUUCUACAUCGAUUAUCAGGGAAAGAAAAUCAACUACGAGAAAGAUGGUGCUAUGCUCGGAGCCUUGAAAGGACUGGUCAAGCUGAAUCGUACCGAAAUCGUGCUCAAGGAAUUGCACUGCCGAAAUGGGCUGCUCGGAUUUGAUCGCUGCAUUCAGUACGCCAUCGAUGAGUGGAGCGAGGACAUCGUCAAACAUUUCCCGAAUGUGUUGGCUUCUUGCGGCCCGAUUAGUCCUUUGGUGGAUAUCUCUCGUGGCUUCUACGAUCUAUUCUGGAUGCCGGUCAAUGAGAUGCGAAAGGAAGAUGGUCGGCUCGUUAAGGGGAUCCAACGAGGAGCUGGUAGCUUCGGGACCAGCACAGCAGCUGCCGUUGUUGAGUUGGCACAAACGUUUGUUGGAGCUGUCCAGUACGCAACCGAAACCGUAUUCCACGAGGUUCAUCCCGGAGAAGCACACAUUACUGGAAGAUCUCAGAAGGCGAUAGCAUCGUCCCAAGCAGCUCCUGCUGAUCUGCGACAAGCCACUCAACGAGCUUACGAUAUUGUUCGAGAUGGUGUCCGUCAAACUCGAGAAGACCUCGAACAUGCUAGCCAGGAAAAUCGAGCAAGUGGGCAAUCGGCUAUUAGAUCGUGGGCUCGUUUUGCUACACCAACCGUCCUUCGACCAUUUAUGAUGACUGCGCAAGUAACCUAUCAAAUGCUUGGUGGCUUACGCAACCAACUCCGACCCGACGUCUACAUGGAAGACAUCCACAAAUGGAAAGACGCCGAGCCCGGCACCUCCCGGAAU